UUUUGUAUUUUUGUUUGUUUCUGUCAUUAUCUUGUAUUUUUGUUUAUAGGUAAAUGGCUACUCACAAGAGUAAUAAGAGGUUGCGAAGGACUGCGGUUAAUACAACUAUGAAUGAAACAAGUGGUAGAAGUGUAGUGCAACCAAACAAUUUAGAGUCAAAUAACUCAAGAAUUAGGGAUGAGAUUCAGCAGCAUCAAAGUGUUUCUUCUGCCCAAAAUCAAGGAAAUAUUGAAGGGUCUACAUCUCAUGAUCAACCUGAAGAACAUCGAGUUUAUGAUUAUAUUGUGCAAGAUUCCAAUGGAAAUAGAAAGCGUGGAAAAACUGUGUUAGCAGAUAUAUGGAAUCUACCUAUAGGCCAUCAAAUUGUUGUUGAUGUCAAUAAGGAGAUGCAACCUGUAGGAGAAGAAGGGGGGGUACUUGGUGCUUUUUUAGGGACAAUUGCAAAAAAUGGGGAUCUUUGCUCUCUAAGCUAUACAAGAUGGGAUCAUCUGAAAAAAGGCUGCAAUAAGAACAAUGAAAAGAUGAUAUUGAAGGAAGUCGAGAUUAAACAUUAA